UCAACUGUGACAACUGACCGAUAGACAUGAACACACGUUAGUCGCAUAACAUAAGGUGGACGCUAGUUAGCAUUAGCCUGACGUUAGCUCUUAGUUUGUGGAUGUGAGCUGUGAGUCUCAAUCGUAUCCGCACAAGAGAACUGCGGCUGUUCACCAGCUACGUCUUUGCUUUGGUGGCUUGUGUUUCUACGGUCACGUCGUUAUCGACUAUCGUUAUCGAUACGAUAUCGACUUUAGUGGGACGGACUGAUAAGUAGCGUUGAGCUAGCUGUGUUGUUUCAGAACCAAUUUCUUCAUUCUACAUUCGCCAAUAUGGUAUUUUAACCACAGUAAACUCUUGUACGACUCACUCUACCGUGUGCUCGAUAAAAAAGAAGCUUCUAGCUUGUGUCUAAAGGCAUCAGACCGCCAGAUGCUAACUUGACUACCAUUACAUCACGUCUAAAGUACGCUACCCAGCUAGAAUACCAUCUGUCGUCGGGGAGGCAGCUGUAACGUUAUCUGUCAAGAUAUCACAUUCCUCAGUCAUGUUCUUUUGGUUGUCCUGAACGAAGCAGAAACUCAGUAACAAGGACAUUAACAUCUCGAGGGAUGGCGCCUUUCCCUGAGGCAGGUGGUAAACAAUGACGUCAUAGUCCCCUGCAGGUACAGCCAGAGUUGAUGCAACUUAAAUCGUCAGAGGCACAUGUGCUUGUGUAUUUGCCACGAGCACACUUUUCUUUUCACAGCAUAGCCCUCUUAUUUUAAGCUAUUCACCCCGUUAAAUGAGAAUUUGGUGCGACUUCAUGGUGCAGGCACGUUUUCCUUCACACCCUUCAGAAGAAACGUGUGUCGUACUCAACGGUGUCUCUGCUCUUCCCAGUACAGUGAAGAAACAUGUCCAGUGUAAGCCAGCACUAUGGGUUCCAGUCAGCCACCAUGGUGCAGCCGGCCAACGGCGGUCACGCCUAUCUGUUUGGAAACAACGGCUCAGAGAAUGACCUGUCGGAGGAGGACGGGGAGAGCUACGAGCUGCGGCCGCGUGGCAGAGAGAGGCUGCGGAGAAGCACCUCCAGGGAGAGGAUGGACGACAUUAUCCACCUGACCAAAGAUAUCCAGGCGGGUGACACCCUGAACAGCAUUGCCCUGCGGUACCAUUGCUCAGUGGCUGAUGUAAAGCGUGCCAACAACCUCUUGGCAGAGCAGGACUUCUUCGCCCUGCGGUCAGUCAAGAUCCCCGUGAGGCGCUUCAGUGUCCUCACUGAGACUCACAGCACUGGACCUCUCAAGUCUGCCUCCCUCUCAGGUGCCACGCGCCUCCACCAGAUCUCACCGGUGACCUCCCUUCCCGCCGAGUCCUCCACGGAUUCUUCCUCUUCCGCCGACAGCGUGGAAGGAUUUCUCAUGGAGAAGGACAAGGACAUCGAGCGGCUGGUGAAAUCCACAGGGCCGUCUCGGAGCAGCCUGAAUGAAGUCGUGUCCUCCUUAACGCUACAGCCGCCGCUACUCGGAGAGGUGGAGUACAAACUGGUCCAGAGAAAGGACCCUUACUAUGGGGCCGACUGGGGCAUGAGGUGGUGGACGGCUGUGGCCAUUAUGCUGGUGGUUGGCAUCGUCACGCCUGUGUUUUAUCUGCUGUACUAUGAAGUUCUCGUGAAAUCUGACGUCAGCCAUCAUGGCAUUCCAACACAAGCUCAAGGCAACAGACCUCAUGGACCGAUCCAAGGCAAUAAUUUAGACCUCCCUGUUGGAGGAGACAAGCCAGGGGCUGGACCCGAUGAUAAUAAAGUGGUUAUUGGGGAUCCACAGGGACACGAGGACAAAAAGGGAGGGACCGGACACAGUGAUGAUACUCAUGUGGUUAAUGGGGCUCCACAGGGACACGAGGACAAAGCAAGUCAACACGGAGGACAUGAGAAAGCAUAAAGGGAGUAUAACUUUACCACUCAGACCGAAUAAAACUAGGUGAAUGUUCCCAUUGUUAAGUAGUUUUUUCUUUUACACGAAAUACAUCAAUGCAAUGUCACUUUGUAGUGGGGGCAUUCAUUUUUAUAUGGUUGAGAAACUAGGAAUAACGGUGUGGCCACUCAUUCCUCGUCUUUCUAUCAUCAGUUACAUGCUUUUCAACCAGGAACAACAAUUUGUUGAAUAUUUACCAAGAGAUAUAUUUGAGUUAUCAGUGUAGCCAAUAGGCUUGAGGUAAUGUUUUAGUUAUCGACGCUGCUGCGUUCUCUGCAAGCUGCACACAAACUAUAUCCAGGGAGACCGAUGGCAACAUUCUAACCCUUUGUUUAUUCAGCAAUGGCAGCAAAUCCUAAUUAUCUGGAUUUGGCUUUGGGCAGUUUUCACUGUUUCACUUUAGUGCAAAUGCAUUUUUUUUUUGCCAUGUUGGAAAUUGUAUAUUUUCCAAUACUUUGUCUUGGGGAAGUGUGACUGCCGCCAUUGAGUUUAAUAUAGAAUUUAUUUAUUUCAACACUUAAGAUAAUUACACUAUCAGUAUUGAGAGGUACCAGUUGAAUUGUUUCUAAAUAUCCGUAAAGGUGCUUGAAUUGUUCUUACCUUUAGCUUUCCGAGAGAGAAUUCCUUUUUCUCUCUUUUAAAACAUGGUGAGGAAAAUGGGAAAUGCACAUUAUUCCCAAAACUCAUUUUUGUAAUUAUGUGAGAUUUUAGAAUUAGUUGUAUAGCCUUUUUAUUGUAUCCCCAUGUUCACUUGAUACUUUAUGAACAAGCAUUACAAGUGUUGACAGUAUGUGCCUUUUAACCAGUGGAAAUGUGCCACAGGCUGUAAAAUAAAUAAAUCUAUUUUGAAUAAAUUAUCGCCAUUG